UGAUCCUACACCUAAAUGCAUCCAUGCCGACUUUUUCCCAAAGAAGUGUUUUGGAACACCGCGGGCCGCACUAUCCAUGGCUCAAUGUCCAACUCUUCCUCCAAUGAUGUGCCUAGCUCACGCGCCCUUGAAGAGUUCUUCCGCUUCAUGCAGUGCCAGCUUCGCAUGGAAGCUGAGGGUUGUCUCCAAGAGGAUUUGGAGCUCCCAGAGCGUGAGGCAAACUUCUGGCAGACCUUCCGCACCUGGGUUCAACCCAACCUUGGCAAGAAGGAGAAAUGGAUGCCAUUCCAUACUGUGCUUGGAUCACACGAGCUCUUCAUUGUGCAGAAUAUUCACCACAACAAAGAUCUCCCCUGGAAUGAGAAGCGCAGGUUUUUGGCAAUGUUUGUGUUUCGAGCCCAUUGCCGGAGCAACGUCUUCCGGGAGGCUCAGUUGCCCCUCAUGCUGGAGGAGGACUUUUGGAGGGACCCUGUUGCGCAAUUCGCGGAUGAUGGGCCGGCCACGCAGUGCAUGCUUGUGUACCGGCGAAAAAGCCGACAACCCUUGCAGACUUCGGCAUUCUUGGCAAUCCCAGAGCGGCUCUGCCAGGACGACGACGAAAAUUUGGCACGGAAUGUGGCGAUGCGGACGCGGACGCUCUUGGAGGUGGCAGAGAAAGUGUGGCCUAUUGUCCACAAUGCGAAGCUCCCGAGCCUGGAGAAGUUUGAGGAGAUUUCGAAAACCAUCCAAGCUGGCAGACGCUUGGGGGAAACAUGGUCAAAGAUGCUGAUGGUGAGUAUUGACAUCGCCUACCCUCACUUGCAGCUCUUGGCGAGUACAUGCGAUGUCGGAGUGGGAGCACUCAAAGCUUUACAGAGGCUCUUCCCGAGCAAUAGCAUGGAUGACCCUCGCGAUGUUCUGGGAAAUGCUACCCGGGCUGCGAAUAGCUCUCAGGCAUCUGCCGCACAAAGCUUCUGGCGGCUGCUUGCCAAGGUGGAGAGCCUGGCACAAAAGCGCUUCGCUCAAUUACCUUUAGUCUUGGAGCAGGUCUCCACCAGACCAGGGCAACUCAGCGCAGUGACCAUGCAGGUCCAGUUGUGCGAAUGGCGACAGUUCUUGGAUUUCCUGGCCAAGGCUGGAACUCCUGAUGGUCUGGAUGAGGAGGCUACCGAGGAGGUGUCUGGACCAGCAAAAAAGGCCAGACGCAUCACUGGAAAACGGCGUGCGGAUGAUAUAGGAGUUCUUCUUCCAGCGCCAAGGCGGAAGUACCUUCGCUCUUUUUCCGCUGCAGGAGUAGCUCCAGAAGCGGAGCACGAGGAUCUUCCAGAUGCCGACUCCGAAGACGAGAUGCCCUUGUCCAACAUUUGCAUGCCCCGCAUGCACCGUGUGACGCAGGUCCCUCAGGUGAAGAGCAAUGGAGUCCAAGUUGUUUGCCAGCACGAAUCUCCAGAGGGGGCCUAUGCGAACGCAGCUCGAGAAGCUUUGGGCCAAUAUCGUGCCAAAGUAGCAUCAGCCCGAAACGCGGUGAAGGCGCACGAAGCGCAAGUGCAACGCAGCAAAGCUGACUGCGAAGAGGCAACAAGCCAGGCCAUGACAGCGCUCCGGCGAAGCAGUCUGGCUGAGGAGGCCGUUAGGUCGGCAGAGAUUGAGACUAUGCAAUUGGAAUACCUCCUUCAAGCCUCCCACACCAAGACUGGUGUCACCCAGGACCUCUAUCAGAAGCUGGAUGAUGCAGGGGCGAAGCUUUCAGAAGGACAGUUUGAGGUGUUUGCCGGCUUGCCAUCCUUGGCAAAGGAAUCUUCUUUGCUUCCGCGAUUGUCCACCGCAGCUGAGAGCAGGAUGGCCCACAUUGAGAGCUUGAUGCAAGAGCUGGAAAACGAUGCGAGGGCUGAGGAGAUGGCAAGAGAGCCGUAUGUGGAUCAACAUGCUGAACUCGUCAGCCGUAGCAGCACAGCCUUGCAGGAGAGGGCAGCAGCUCGAGAGGCCGUGCUCGCCACACGAGAGGCACUACGUUUGGCCCAGCAACGGUGCCAGGAGGCCUUGCAGCAGCUGAACCAGCAGCGUUUGGCAUUACAACUGGCAGAAGCGGAGGUGCUCUCCUUGGAACAGCUGCUGUAACGCCAGACUGCAGCAGACCUGACUUCGACUGCGUGAGAAACCCGUGAUUGUGGUUGUUUGAUCCAGGAAAGGUGUCGGGCCAACACCAAUCAUCCAAUCAUCACUGAAGAAGUCUGAAGGCGUGUGGCAUCACCUAAAGAAGGG